CGACAUUUAGGGAAGGCAGAAAGUAGGUCAGGGACGGAGGUGCCUGUUUACCCGCGCCGGACUUACCGCCGCCGCCGCCGCGGGAUCCGAGUGCGGGCGCUCCCGGAGAGCCACGGUGGUGUUGGCUACAGUGUGUGCUUUUGGACCUGUCCUUAGCCUUUCAAAUGUGGAACACCACGCCUUCAUUGGUUGUUGGAAGAAGUUGAGUGCCUGGAAGAAAACUACAAAACAUGAAAAUUGCUUUGAGGUGACCAGCAAGUGCAGCGGUCCCUUGCUUCUCCAAGCUGGAUCGAGGCUUAAGAAUUGUAACCUCAGAUGCAGGAACUUGGGCCUGGAGGAAGGGAGUGACAGCCCCAGGCGUCCCGUCCCGUGGAGCUCUUGGCUGCCUGUAGAGUGUGGCCUCUUCACCACGGUUUGGAGUUAGAGCCCCUUGCAAGAGCAUCCUUCCAAUGGCGGACCAGAGAAUGGACAUUUCCUCAACCAUCAGCGACUUCAUGUCUCCAGGCCCCACCGACCUGCUGUCCGGCUCCCUGGGCACCGGUGGCGUGGACUGCAACCGCAAGCGGAAAGGCAGCAUCACUGACUACCAAGAAAGCAUGGACACAGACAAAGACGACCCUCAUGGAAGGUUAGAGUAUGCAGAACACCAAGGAAGGAUUAAAAAUGCAAGGGAAGCUCACAGCCAGAUUGAAAAGAGGCGUCGGGAUAAAAUGAACAGUUUCAUUGAUGAGUUGGCUUCUUUGGUCCCAACGUGCAAUGCCAUGUCCAGGAAAUUAGAUAAACUUACUGUUCUGAGGAUGGCUGUUCAGCACAUGAAGACCUUGAGAGGAGCCACCAAUCCAUAUACUGAAGCGAACUACAAGCCUACAUUUCUGUCAGAUGAUGAACUGAAGCACCUUAUCCUCAGGGCAGCAGAUGGAUUUUUGUUUGUCGUAGGAUGUGACCGAGGGAAGAUACUCUUUGUCUCCGAGUCUGUCUUCAAGAUCCUCAACUACAGCCAGAACGAUCUGAUUGGUCAGAGUUUGUUUGAUUACCUGCAUCCUAAAGAUAUUGCCAAAGUCAAGGAGCAGCUAUCCUCCUCAGACACAGCGCCCCGGGAGCGGCUCAUAGACGCGAAAACUGGACUUCCGGUUAAAACAGAUAUAACCCCUGGGCCAUCUCGACUAUGCUCUGGUGCGCGGCGUUCUUUCUUCUGUCGGAUGAAGUGUAAUAGGCCAUCAGUGAAGGUCGAAGACAAGGACUUUCCCUCCACCUGCUCCAAGAAAAAAGCAGACAGAAAAAGCUUCUGCACCAUCCACAGCACAGGCUACCUGAAAAGCUGGCCCCCCACGAAGAUGGGGCUGGACGAGGACAGCGAGCCUGACAACGAGGGGUGCAACCUCAGCUGCCUCGUGGCCAUCGGUCGGCUGCACUCACACAUGGUUCCACAGCCGGUGAACGGCGAGAUCAGGGUGAAAUCUAUGGAGUACGUCUCUCGGCACGCGAUCGACGGGAAGUUUGUUUUUGUAGACCAGAGGGCAACCGCUGUUUUGGCAUAUUUACCACAAGAGCUCCUAGGCACGUCGUGUUACGAGUAUUUUCAUCAAGACGACAUAGGACAUCUUGCAGAAUGUCACAGGCAAGUUUUACAGACAAGAGAAAAGAUUACAACUAAUUGUUAUAAGUUUAAAAUAAAAGAUGGUUCUUUCAUCACACUACGAAGUCGAUGGUUCAGUUUCAUGAACCCUUGGACCAAGGAAGUCGAGUACAUUGUCUCAACCAACACGGUUGUCCUAGCCAACGUCCUGGAAGGCGGGGACCCAACCUUCCCACAGCUCACAGCCUCCCCCCACAGCAUGGACAGCAUGCUGCCCUCUGGAGAAGGUGGCCCAAAGAGGACCCAUCCCACUGUUCCAGGGAUUCCAGGGGGAACCAGGGCUGGGGCAGGAAAAAUAGGGCGAAUGAUUGCAGAAGAAAUCAUGGAAAUCCACAGGAUAAGAGGGUCUUCACCUUCCAGCUGUGGCUCUAGCCCCCUGAACAUCACAAGUACGCCUCCCCCUGAUGCCUCUUCUCCGGGAGGCAAGAAGAUCCUAAAUGGAGGGACUCCAGACAUUCCUUGCAGUGGCCUCCUACCAGGACAGGCACAGGAGAACCCAGGUUAUCCAUAUUCAGAUAGUUCUUCUAUUCUUGGUGAGAACCCCCACACAGGCAUAGAUAUGAUUGACAACGACCAAGGAUCCAGUAGUCCCAGCAACGAUGAAGCAGCAAUGGCUGUCAUCAUGAGCCUCCUGGAAGCCGAUGCUGGGCUGGGCGGUCCUGUUGACUUCAGCGACUUGCCAUGGCCGUUGUAGACACUACAUGUUGCUUUUGGCAACAGCUACAGUAUCAAAGUGCAUUACUGGUGGAGUUUUACAGUCUGUGAAGCUUACUGAAUAGGGAGAGAACAGCUUUUAUGGACUGACCUCAUAAAAGCCAUCUCAGAGCCAUUGAUACAAGUCAAUCUUACUAUGUGUAACUUCAGACAAAGUGGAACUAAGCCUGCUCCAGUGUCUCCUCAUCAUUGAUUUUGGGCUAGCUGUGGAUAGCUUGCAUUAAUUGUAUAUUUUGGAUUCUGUAUGUGUUGAAUUUUUUAAUCAUUGUGCACAGAAGCAUCACUGUUAGCUUUUAUAUGCGAAAUGGUCAUUUCAGAUGUAAGGUGUUUUUACACUACAAAGAAGUCCCCCAUGUGGAUAUUUCUUAUACUAAUUGUAUCAUAAAGCCGUUUAUUCCUCCUUGUAAGAAUCCUUUACUAUAAAUAUGGGUUAAAGUAUAAUGUAUUAGACAGUUAAAUAUUUUUAAUAAAUGUUUCUUUCCCUUGUUCUAUAA